GGUCUGUAUCGUCUUGUUUGCGAUUACUCUGUGGUGGACAUUUUCUUCGUUCAAAAGCGGCUUGCAGGUGUACUUUACGGUCAUAAGACGGUUUUCGAUUGACUCAGGGUACUUGAGGGACUCGAACGGACUAUCGUCCAGGACGGAUUUGCUGCAUUCGAGGCAAGGUCCUCAAAAAAAAAAAACGAAAGAACGAUAAUAAAAAAAGGUUAAAUAACUGCCCACCUACCCCACUGCACUAGAAAGCAUCAUUUCGAGUGUUGCUUGGCUCGUCUGGCUCAUUCCCAUGCCCGCUUCCGGCGGUGAUACUAGCACUGACGGCAACGGAGACGCAGCGCCUAUUGGGGAAUGAUUUUGCACCCGCACUGUGUGCCUUGUAUUACUAAGAGAAAAAAACGUUUAGCUCAUCGGAGAUUUCGCGGACCGCAGAGCGUAAUAACGUCGGUAUAGCGAAGCAGAAAUGACGAUUAUCCUGUUCUUGGUGGACACAUCCGCGUCUAUGUGCCAGAAGGCACAUGUUAACGGCGUCCAGAAGAGCUACUUAGACAUUGCAAAAGGAGCGGUUGAGACAUUUCUUAAGUAUCGCCAGCGAUCGCAGGAUUGUAUGGGUGAUCGGUACAUGCUGCUAACGUUUGAAGAUCCACCGAACAACGUGAAAGCCGGUUGGAAGGAAAACCAUGCCACUUUCAUGAAUGAGCUGAAGAAUUUGCAGAGCAAUGGACUCACAUCGAUGGGCGAAGCGCUUAAAAAUGCCUUCGAUCUGCUCAAUCUAAACCGAAUGCAGAGCGGUAUCGACACAUAUGGACAGGGUCGGUGUCCAUUCUAUUUAGAGCCUUCGGUUAUUAUCGUUCUCACUGACGGCGGAAAGUAUUCGUUUCGCAACGGUGUACAUCAGGAGAUUAUACUGCCUCUGCACGCGCAGAUUCCUGGGACCAAGUUGACAAAGGAGCCGUUCCGAUGGGACCAGCGGCUUUUCUCGCUAGUAUUGCGUAUGAGUGGGAACCGGGCAGAUGAGCGAGUAGACGGAAAGGUACCGCAUGAUGAUUCUAUGAUCGAAAAGAUGUGUGAGGUGACCGGGGGUCGAUCAUAUAAAAUUCGAUCUCAGUAUGUGCUGAAUCAGUGCAUUGAGAGUCUAGUGCAAAAAGUACAGCCGGGUGUCGUGAUUCACUUCGACCAACUGCUUAUGACAAAUAACGGCGAGAAUGGUGGAGCGGAUUUGCAGUUCCAGUCUAUCAAGCGUAUGAUUUAUGUGCAAAAAUUCCCCCAACAGAAGACAUUUCCGGUUGGGUUCUGGCCCAUUCCGGAACCGUACUGGCCAGAUCCAAAAUCGAGCAGUCUGCCGCCAAGAGAUGCUCAUCCGAAGAUAAAAAUCAUUACUCCAUGCUGUGAUGAGCCGGUAAUGUUGCGAAAUUUUCCCAUAGAUAAGUACGAACUAGAACCGAGCCCGCUGACGCUACAGAUUCUGUCAAAGAAGGAAACUAACAAGGUAUGGCCCUUGAUUGUUUCAAGCGGGAUGCAUGGGAUAGAGAUGCCUUUCGGUUUCCUGAAACCGAGUAGUACGAUGACAGUGGUUAACUUGUACGUGCUACCGUACAACUAUCAGACAUUUCUACCGUUAAUUAACGAUUUAUUUCACAAAUAUAAUUUGAAUCCGCCGAACGACUGGAUUUACAAGUUUGGCAAUUACGUGAAGUCGAUUCCACAGUACUACUGUCCAUUUUUGAGGCGUGCAUUGGCUACCACUCCAAACGUGCCGUACCAGUUGGUGCAGUACAUUCUUCCGGAAAAUUUGGAUAGUUAUCUAAGUCCCGCAGUGGCAAACUAUCUAAAACAAAUGAAAAACACAGCCAAACAGGAUCAGGAGAACCUGUGCCUGCGAGUGUUUAAACAGCUUAAGCAACCAAAACCAGCUUAUCAUCAGUUGGAGACGGUAAAGCUCAAUCCAGGAAUGCAACUGAGGCGUGACCUGGUGUCGCAUCCGAUGCUGAAGGAUGCUUUCAAUAAAGUGCACGCUGACAUCGCCAGUUUUGACAAUUACACAAUUGUCGUACCGACUGUGAUGCGACCUGCGGCGACGAAAAAUUAUCGCAAUCCGUUCGAUAUACCUAGGCGGGACCUGAUUGACGAGAUUGCUAGGAUGCGGGAAAAUUUCUUCCGAAUCCCAACAAGUGGGAUUACGAUGUAUACCAAGGAUAGUGGGCAUUGUCUACCGAUUUCCGAUAUGGGCAACUAUCAGGAAUAUCUGAAGAACAAAGAAACACCGUUAAGAGAAUUGGAACCUACCAACGUGAGGCAGCACAUGUUUGGUAAUCCUUACAAGAAGGACAAAAACAUGGUGAUGGUGGACGAAGCUGAUUUAAACGACGUGGCCCCUAUGAAGGGUGGGCGAGGGGAACUAGGUGCUGGGGCGCUUAAGAAUCGAACGGAUCCAAACGCAAGACUGAGUCGCAAGCGGAAAGCGGGACCAAUUAGGAAGGACUAUGUUUUCAAGCGCAAAUACACCGGCAGCUUAAGUUCGUCAUCCAGUGUAACAUCAGAUACCAGUUCGCUGUCAGAUUUCUCGUCAGACGAUGAUACUGCUUCCAUUGGUAGCAGUGUCGGCUCGGAAUCCGAGCUUGAUGACGAUCAAGAUGGACGCUUAGUGGUGGACUUUGAGUUUCCGAAUGACAAGGACGAGGAAAGCCCAAUCAAUGCUCACGUACGCGAGUUCAUUGAAGGUCCGGAUGAAGGCGGAAGUAUUGGUGCUGGACCGCCUCCUCCAACGGAUUCUGCAAGCAUCCCUGCUUUGCUUUCGGAUUAUGCACAACCUUCGCCGCUCAGUAUGCCUUAUCAGUCCCACUAUGUUCAUCAUUUUCAUCCCUCUCAUCCACCUCACCACUAUCCCACGCACUUAACGACGGCAACGACGACGAUGACCACGCCGACACCAAUGACGACGGUUCCUGUUAUGAAUUCGUUUGGUACGCCAACACCAAGCUCUAGCACAAUGCCAAGCAGUAGCAACAGUGGCAGUUCUAGUACGAACAUCGGUUCAUUAACUCCCAGCCCGAACGAUAUGAAGGAUGUGCUGGAAAUAUCGAACAUAUUGAAAACCUGCCACAAUGGGGGCAACAGUUAUGCCACACCGGAGGAACCCCCACCUGAACCCGAGCCUAUCAAACCAUUGAAACCCACUAAACCCACUAAAACGGAAGCUGCUCCUGUAAAGUUGCCUGAAAGCACCGCUGCAAACGAGCGCAUUCUACUAAAUGGUGGGGACCACAUCUCGUCCGUACCAUCCAAAUCGAUAUCCCAAGUCAGUAGUCCUAAGCCUGCCCAACCGCUAACUGAACAGGAGCGGCAACGGAUUCGUGAAGAAAACUAUGAAACCCGUUCGAUAAUUUUUAAAGACAUUCGACGGCCAGGGCGAAACUACUCGCUUCUUCUAGAGCAUCUGCCCCUGAUCAAAGGGGACUUGCCGAUUCGGAAGGCUUUCAUCGAAAUGUGUGUUAAGGAAGCAUUACGAUUUCGGCGGAAAAAUAUGGCCAAUAGUAUCCAGGAAUGGUGGGAAAAUCAGCUUGCUGCGGAUCAAGCCGAACAGAAGCUACUUUUAAAACAGCAACAUCUGGCCAAAGCAAAUUGCUUUAACAACCUACCUACAUCAUCUUCACACUCGAAUCACCAAGCAACUCGAUUUAGUUCUCGGCAGCAACAAUUGGCCGGGUCUUCUUUCAACACUAGCAGCAGCAGCAGUAGCAGUAGUAGCAUUAGUUCCAGUAGUAGUCAAAGCGGUCCCGGAAGCAGUAAAAGCUCACACUUUACCCAUCAGUCACACCCUCCCAACAAACACCAUCAGCAGCAGCAUCAUAAACAUUCGAAUCAUCAGAGCAGUAGUAGCAGUAGGAUAUGAGAAUGUCCGUUUCCGUGUCCCUGUUGCUCUUCUUCCUCAUCCUAACCAAUUUCCUACAUCCCCUUCACGACGAGUCGUGGUUAAGUGAAAUUGUAUAUUCUUUAAAGUUAUUUGCUUUAUAUUUUAUUUACCUAGUUGUUCCUUUCAUCCCUCCUACUACAUCCGUGUCGAAACCCACAUUUAUUGUUGUUCAAAGCGUAGUUAAACGAAAGGACUGAGAACAAAAUUUAUUAGAACGGAAAGGAUACCCAGUUAGCUUAAUAGUAGAAGUCGUGAAUGGCAGGGCAAUUGAGGGCGCGCAGGUAAUGUUGAAUUACCGUUCGAAUCGAAACGGUUCGGCUCUGUGUCUUAGAGCGCAAUUGUUAGCAACUAAAGGUACCCGCGGUCGAGCGCACGAGUAAAACAAAUAAUGAAGGAUUAAAAUCAAAUUGAAACAAUACAAAAAACACCUAGCGGUAAGGAUACUAAGAGGAAUCGUGUAAAUAGAUAAAUGUUAAAUAAAUUGCUAUAUUGUAAGUAUCAAGACGGGAGUGUUUUGUUAGGUAGGGUUCCGCACAAACGAAUCGUUUACUAGG